AUGCCCUAUGUAAGGUUUCAAUACCUCCAAGACUCCCAACUAAAUCCACUACAACAGAAUGUCAAUUUUACUUUUUGGCGCUGGGGGUUUGGUGCCCUCCUCUUCCCAAAGCGCUGGGGCUUGGUGCCCCAGCGGCUCAACAAAGGGCUUGGGGCCCUUGAGAGCAACUUUGGGUUGCUAGUCGUCCAUUAUGUCCAGGGGUGGGCAGACGGCUGUAUGGCCCCAGCAUUGAAGACAGGGCGCAGAACACUUGUGUACCAUCAGCUUUCCUCUUUCUCGCAACUCUGGAACCGCACACAUACCUCGCAAGCUCCAACAGCAUCACCAGGCCACAGUAAUCAAUCAGUGGCCUAUUACAUCAACCUGUCUUGUAACUCCGGAACUUUACACCCGGUAUCCAAUCAGUGUUACAAGGAUAUGAUAGAUGUGAAUGCACCCCGUUCAAGGACUUCCCGCAAGCAGAAAACGUUGGGUGUUUCUGCAGUCAACACUGAUGAUGCUUCCCAGGACACUCAAUGGCAUCCUCACUCUAAGACUUCCUGCAAGCAGAAAACAUCGGGUGUUUCUGUAGUCAACACUGAUGAAACUCAACAGCCUCCUCCUGGCCCUAAGUUGAAGACACCCCAGAGCCAAAUAAAAUCAUCAGGUCGCAAAUUGUCUGUUUCAGUCGACUGCAAUGCCACCCCUGAUACUACCUCGCAAAUAACGCAACUGUCUCAUCCUGCUCCUGAGGCUGAGUCCACCGAGGAUGUGUUACCAGAUUUCGCCAACACUGAUUCACUAAAUAAACUCCCUGAUACUACCUCGCAAACAUCGCAACCAUCUCAUCCUGCCUCUGAAGCCCAGUCCCCUGGUGAUUUUUUCUCAAAUUCUGCCCUUGACGUUGAUUCGCAAAAUACCCUCAAAACACCGAAGCAGAAUUGGCAUGAAGAUUCGGCCUCAGAUUUGGGCUCUGCGGCUAGGUAUACGUGCGGCUCAAAAGUAAAGACUACAGUUACCAGCUGUCAAUUAAGUAGAGUGAGGGUUUGGUGCCCUCCUCUCACAAUGGGCUGGGGUUUGGUGCCCCAGCUGCUCAACAAAGGGUGUGAUGCCCUUGAGAGCAACAUUGUGAUGCUAAACUCCUCUGCCUCAAACAACAUUGCAUACUGGGAUGACCCUGGAUUUUACCGCCGACGCAUGUCGGGUUUUGGUCAAAACCCUGACAGUGAUGUUCCAUCACAGAAUACUGUCGGGGCUGAGUCGAAUGAAGAGGACGAUGCCCUUCAAGUGGAUAAUAUUGUUGAUGAAUCUUCUUCGUCAGGCAGCAAUUUUAGUGCUGACGAACGAAAGCACCAAAAUGCAAAGAAACAGAAAUAUGCAGCUUUAACCAAGUACCUGAUCAUGCACUCACCAUUACCGGACUCAUCCCCCCGUCAUCGCCAGAUCAUGGCACGAAUAUUCACUCCUCAUCCCCUUUUCCUUGUCCAGAAAGGCAAAGGCUGCCAGCAUUCCCCCGAGGAGCAUCGCCCUGCAUGCAACAGCGCGCCAGAUGUUGAGGCUACUGAGGAGGAACUCACAACUUUUAAGAAGAAGUGCGGACCUAUGCCAAGGGUUGCAUGGGACAAGGCGAGGGACCUCACAUGGGGGUUACUCACUGCGGCCGAUCAGCUUGCUAAGGAGUUUGGGAGGUCUCGAUGCGAUAUCUUAAUUGCCACUGGUCUUGGAGUCACCACAUCACAUAAGAAGCGCAACAAUGCUAAUACAUACAGGAGCUGGUAUUGGAACACGCAGGAAAUUCCCUCUGGCAAAACACAGUCAGAGAUCAAUAAGAUAAUUGACAUCAGCUACAGAGAACUUUUUAAGGGUGUAGCUGAGAAAGAUGUUGAGACACGCAAGCAGUUGAUGGUGCCCUACAAUUGGUGGUUAGAUGAACAUGAAGAAGGCGGUGGUGAUAAAGAUAUUAAGUCAGUCGCUACCCGCAUCCAAUGGUGCAAAGACCAAAUGGCCAGCAUGGCUGAAAGUUGGUCCAAUCUUGAGGAUCUUGAGGUUGUAGGGGCGGUUAUGUACAUUGGUGAUGAUCCUGCUGGUGCUCAGACUUCCGGCAUCUUUGGAGGAUCUGAAAACGUCAGGGGAUACAUUGAUGACAACCAUGUCAACCUUCGGCAGAUGUUGUCCACAUACAUGAUGGUCUUAUGUUAUCGCUGGUUGCAAGGACAAGGCAAUGCUGCGGGUUUGGAUAUCAACAUCGCUGGUCCCAAUGACAAGACAUUUACUUCUUCGAAUCCUCUUAUGUCUGACAGGGCUUCCCUCCAUCUCUGUUGCCAACACAAGGAGAUUGCCCGCGAUUGCAACCACCAGGAAAUGAGGAAAGUUCCAGCGAGCAGCUGGCUUUCUGCUGCCUAUAAGCACACAAUGUUCAUCGCGCUCUGGCCUUUGGAGACCAAGUUUCCUGGGCCUAACUUCUCUCUCAAGAAUAGAGAGUUGCGUGUCAUUGUGGGUCCCUACCUGAAGCACAAACUGGGGGCUAUGUAUGACGACGAGCGGCCUGAAGGAAAAGAAGAAGAAAAACAGGAAUUUGAGAUCCUUCCUUGGGAGAAGGUUGCAUCGGCUGAGGGAUAUUCGCUGUGGGAGCUUGGUGACUGUGAGGAGUGGAAGAAGGUAUAUCAGCUUGCAGUCAAAGAGAAGAAUGUGGCCGAUGUGUUAAGGUUGGGAACAGCAGGUGGUCCCUCAUGUUCCUCUAACAAAACAGUUGCUCCAAUUCCUAUUUGUCCUCCCUCAUCCAAUGCUGUUGCUCGUUCCCGCAAGACACCUGCUCCCAUGGUUACUCGUCCUCCCUUAUGCACUACCAAUAUCAUCACUGCCCCUUUCGCUGCUCCCAUUGCUGUUCCUCGUGCACUCCCUCGCAAAGUCAGAACAGAACAUGACAGCCUUGGUCGCCCUUCUCAUUCCCAGCAUCAAGACCACACUCACGGGCAGGGCCUUAAUGAACAACCCAGCUUCAACUCCGUGCAGGGGGGAUAUGAGAUGGGUGAUAGAGAAGUGGUUGUCGAUGAUUUAGGUGUUGAAGAUACUCUGCGCAUUCAGCAGAGGAUGAACCAUACACGCAUACGCCCACCUCCCUUCCAUCUACCUUUGGGUGGAGGCUGUUGGCAGGAAGUAUGGGAUGUCCCAUUGAUUCAAAUAUACAAGGGGUGA